AUGCCUAUAGGCAACAAACUCGACACACUCUUAGCUGCUGCUGAAGAGCUGAAGAAGCGGGCUUUGCAAGGCAGUGAGUACGAAGAAGCCCCCAAGGACACACCCAAGAAGGUUGCCCCGUGCAAGGUUGAGCAGAGGACCCCAGGACCGCCUAAGUCAAAGGCAUGCAAGACGGAGCAUCGCAGCCCUGCUGCUCCCGAAUCCAUUGCUUACGCAGCUUCUGCCGUCUCCUCGUCGCACUCCAACCAGGGGACCCCCAGCUCCAAGCGAGGCAGAAGCCACACACCCAGUGGCUCUUGCAAGAGGCGUCGUCGGGGAAAGAAACCACCGACUCCCGAGAAGCCCAAAGCAUCAACUCCUGAAAAGGCCAAAGCAGCGACACCCCCGAAGACCAAAGCACCGACUCCCGAGAAGCCGAAGGCGCAGACUCCCGAAGAGGCCAAAGCAACGACUCCCGCAAAGACCAAAGCAACGACUCCAGAAAAGGCCAAAGCACCGACUCCCACAGUGACCAGCGAAGCACCGACGGAAAAGGCCAAAGCAACGACUCCCGAGAAGCCCCAAGCAACGACUCCAGAAAAGGCCCAAGCAGCGACUCCUGCAGAGACCGGCGAAGCAGCGACGGAAAAGGCCAAAGCAUCGACUCCAGCAAAGACCAAACCGACUCCAGAAAAGGAUGGAGAGCUCAGCCGCCGCAGUCAGUCUUCCGGUCCGCUGGUGAGGAGCAACACUGUCUCUUCGAUCGGCAGCUGGAAGUCGUGGCAGGGCAGUGAUGAAUCCUGGGAAUGGCCAGACAACGCGUGGUCUUGGGGCCAAGGCUGGGAGAGCUGGGAAUCGCAUGCAGGCUGGGGCUCCUGGUCCUGGGACCGUGCUUCCGAUUGGGGUCCAGGGUCUAGGCUGGGCUCUGAGUGGCCAAAGGAUGGUGGUGCUUCCAAGGAGUCCGAAUCUGAAAAGGUUCAGGCUAUCUUGAGAAGGGGGCAUACAGUCGACAAGCUAUCCACCGAAGAGCUCAAGAUGAUAGUGAACCACAUCGACAAGCAGCAGAAUCAUGGUCAGAAGGAGAAGGAUGCAUCUGCAGCUGAUGCAAACCGUGAGGAAGCACCGGCUGCAGAUAAGCAGGAAGAUGCACAGGAGGCUGAUGAUAAUGAUGAGAAGAAGGACGGGGAUAAGAAGGAAACCAAAGAAGAAAGGCGAAAGCGCCUGCACGCUCGCAACAUGCGGUACUACCGCAGCCUGGAGAGCAGUCUGGAAAUCAAGCGGAUGGCUUCAAAGUCGAAAAGCGACCCCAGUGCUCGUUCAGUGUUGUUCGAGGACUGGUUGCAAUCCGGUGAAAGCUGGAAAAGCUCGAAGUUACUUGCGAGGCUGCGCAACAGAUCGUCGAGUGCUCGCCGGGGAAUGCGGAAAUGGCUCUUUUGGACGGAAAUGGUUGCCCGGUUCGGUGAAGAAGUCGCUUUGGCUCUCAAGGAAACCAAGGAGGCGGAUCCCGAACGCAGCCUUACCGAAAUCAGGAAGUGGCCUGAGUGUGAGGACUACCUCCAGUACAAGUGCUUGGUGGAGGACAGCGAGGAAUCCUGCUCCGAGGAAGAGAUUGAAACGAUGAUCGAGGCCCAGCUCAGCGACUCCAGUGACUCAUCGGAUGACUCAGGGCACAAGAAGAAGAAGAAGGGUGAUUCCAUGGAUGGACUUGUGACAGCCCUGACUGCCACCUGUGACCAAUUCGAUAAGAUCAACAAGGAUUUCCAGAAUCGGAAGUCGAACGGCAAAAAUGCCGCACUGCUGAGUGCCAUGUGCAUUUUAUCCUUGGGUUACGAGGCCGAGGGCGAUUUCGGCAACUCAGCCGGAUUGAUCAUGAUCAGCUCAGACAAUGAUGAGAAUGAUACUGGUGAUUCUGCCAAAGGCCUGCUGCAGAAUAUCCUGGAGAGAGUAUCCAAUGGUGAUGAGGCGGUUGGAUCUGCCAUGCAGAAUGCCCGGGCCAGCUACGAGGAAUCCGGCCGGAACUUCAAGGGCAAGAUUAUAUCGAAGCUGGUAAAUUACAAAUCUGGCAACGAUGCGCGAGAAUUCUUCAAGCACGUGGAGGAACCAACGGAAGUUCCAGUGACAAUCUACGAGGGAUUUGAAGGAAUGCGCAAAGAGGUUCAAACGACCGUUCCGGUGCUGGAUCCACACGAGCUUUUGGACUUCCUACAUACAGAGCUCAAGCUGCAGUGUCCUAUGGCUACAGUUCAAGGGUUUUGGCAACAUAUGAUUGCCAAUAACGUCCCCUUCGCGCUCAACCAUCCUCAUAGAGCUGCUUUGCAUACCAUGGUACCAUUCACCAUUUAUGGGGACGAGCUGACAUUGGGGAAGGACCCUAAGGACAAGCUCACAGGAAUUUUUCUUCAGCUGACCUUGUUCAAGCCGAAGGCUGCUCGGCAGGGCAUUUGGCUGCUCUGCGCUGUGCAAGAUGCCUGUAUGGUUCAUGAGGGCUUGAAAACACUGGCCCCGAUCAUGGAGCAUAUCGUCUGGUCUUGCAACCAAGCUUGUGCAGGUACAUAUCCAACGAUGUCGAGAACUGGCUCCGCUUUGACUGGGUUUAAAUCCAAGAAAGCUGGUCAAAAGUUUUCGGGUGAUACUCGCUGGGUGUGUGCUGAGCUACGAGGCGACUGGAAGUGGCAUGAGCGCACUUUGCGAUUGCUGCGAACUCCUGUGUCGAAGAAGUGUUGCUUCAUGUGUGAUGCCCAAGCAGCCGACGGCCCUCUGGCUUACUACAACUUUCGAGAUGAUGCUGCUUGGCGAAGUGCACAGCUGGACACGAAUGGGGAAGUUCUGCUACGCGAGGGCCAUUUCGGGCCCUACAAUGGAACUGACUCCGUGAAGGUGUUGCUCGAAAGUGCAUACACCGAGUUUCAGAACUGGACCGCCUUCUCGAGGUGGUUCACUGCCACUGAGACGGCCAAGCGUUUGUUGACACCGGCCCAGAGCGAAGAAAUUUACGCGAAUGGAAUGCUCUUUCUCAAAUGCCAUUUACGAUUGACCCAAGUUUCGCAUCGGCUCAACAUCCUGGCCUGGGUGCUGAAACCAAAGUACCAUGCCAUGCUGCACAUCCUGGACCAAACCCGGAAGUGGCGCUACAAUUCGCGCUACACUCAUAACUUCACUGGGGAAGAUGCUAUGGGCUGGCUGAAGAGGGUGAGUCUCAAAGCUCCACGAGCGCCUGGAAAGUUCAAUCGCUGGGUUCUGCGCAUGGGGAUGCUGAAGCUGGUAGCAUCAAAACGCCGUUUGACAAAGAUGCUCAGCGAUAUAUAA